AUGUGGGGUGCAGCCGUUUCGACUCCUCCGCAUUACCAUUACGUUCAAGGCCCCGCGGGGCCCGUGCCGCACCGCGGCCCGGCCGGUCCCAUACUGGCCGGACCGAACGUGAGGCACUUGAGGCCCCAGUCGUCUUACUCUUUGCCGCACGGAAGCAACGGCCCCGGUCGUUGGAGCUGGUCUGGUAGCAACUCGUCGUCGUUCGAUCGGAGACAGACGAAAGUGCCGCCGCAGCCUGCCAGGCCAGCCCCUAAUCGACCUUCGCAUAAUCGGCACGCCGCUAAUAAGGUCGACCCGGAGCUGAUCUUCACAAAACAAGAGAAGAUCGGCAAGGGUUCCUUCGGCGAGGUCUUCAAAGGGGUCGACAACAGGACCCAACAGGUGGUCGCUAUCAAAAUAAUCGACCUAGAGGAGGCCGAAGAUGAAAUCGAGGAUAUCCAGCAGGAGAUUAUGGUGCUGUCGCAGUGUGACAGCCCAUACGUCACCAAGUAUUAUGGAUCAUACUUGAAGGGAACAAAAUUAUGGAUAAUAAUGGAGUACCUGGGCGGUGGGAGCGCGCUGGACCUGAUGAAGGCCGGCAGCUUCGAAGAGAUGCACAUCGCUGUGAUCUUGCGCGAAGUGCUGCGAGGCCUGGACUAUCUGCACUCGGAGAGGAAGCUGCAUAGGGACAUCAAGGCCGCCAAUGUCCUGCUCAGCGAGAUGGGGGAUGUCAAAUUGGCGGAUUUUGGUGUCGCCGGCCAACUGACGAACACAACGAGCAAGCGGAACACAUUCGUCGGGACGCCGUUCUGGAUGGCCCCGGAGGUGAUAAAACAGUCCUGCUACGACAGCAAAGCGGACAUUUGGUCGCUCGGCAUCACCGCAAUAGAGCUCGCGAAGGGGGAACCCCCCAAUUCCGAACUCCACCCCAUGAGGGUACUUUUCCUAAUCCCCAAGAACAACCCUCCGCAGCUGACCGGCAGUUAUUCGAAGCCGUUCAAAGAGUUCGUCGAGGCGUGUCUCAAUAAGGACCCGGAAAAUAGACCCACAGCAAAGGAGCUACUGAAAUUCCAGUUUAUCAGAAAGGCAAAGAAGAAUUCAUAUCUCAUGGACCUUAUAGACAGGUAUAAGAAGUGGAAGUCGCAGAGGAGCGAGGAAAGUGAGACGGAGUCUGAGAAUUCUGACUCCGAGGACAUAAGCCGCGGCGAUAGCGAAGCGGACGAGCCUUGGAUAAUGACGGUGCGUGGCGCUGGCGGGGCGAGAGCUCUUCAUGCGCACGCGCUCGCACACGCACCCUUACAUGUGCCCGUCAAUGACGAGGACAAGCGGCGCAGUGUACACGAAGAACCCGUUAUUCCCUCGCCAACUUCGCCCGUGGCACCGAAACAGAAUGGAUCGUUGAGCGCUCGUGGGGACGAGUCCCCGCCAGACACCAAACCAGUGCUCAACAACAACACACAUGAGAAUAAUCAGACGUCGCGACAAACACCGAUCGUAUCAACGCCGGUGGAGCAUAAGAGCGCGAAGGAAAGAGAUAGAGAACGCGAGCGGGAUAGAGAAAGGGAGAGAGCGGAGCGAGAUAGAGAGGACAGAAAGGAAAGGAACGAGAGAGAGCACGCGACCAACAGAGAUAGCGGCGUCUAUAAUAAGCCUGCAUCACCGCUAGAUCACAGAGGGCCAAAUAACGAAGAGAACAAGGUGCGACGGCACGCGUAUCUGCAGCAGCUGAUCAACCCGCUACUGAAUGAGUUAUCCCGCAAACACGGUCCAUCGAGCGUUGCCGCCAUAGAGGAACUGCGACGCGCUUUCGAGGUCGCCGAGCGCAGCGCACCACAUCUCACACGAGCUUUUGUGCAGCAAGUAGUGCAGAGGGUCGCGACGCAGAGCCACGCCCCUGCGCCGGCGCACAACUCGCACCACUCGCACUGGAUGAGGGACACAUAA